UGACCGUUGACCUUGAAUGGCGUGACCUUUACUAUUGAAACUAUGACGGCUCCCACCGUCUUUGACCAAGCUUUCGAAUGCGCUAUCAUACGUUGCUGUAAGUGGUCAGAUGGCGGAGGAGUUCAUGCCGACACAAAUCGGCCGUGCUGAAUUAAGUAAUAGGAUUUUGUGUCGUGCCUCUGGAAUGUGAGCGUGAGACACAUGUCACGUGUUUAAGCUGGAUAUUUGCAAAAUUAUAAAUCGACACAGGUGACAGUUAAAAUAAUGAAUUCGUAACUGGACCCUCUUUACUAAAGUGAUUAUAAAGUUGGCGAAUGUGUACUUUACGUAAAAAUGGAAAAUAUUGAAUCCUCCCCGGUCGCGAAGGCACUCUCAAAUCCCUUGAUACUCCGUGAAAUCUUCAGCCGUGUAGAUGUGUUCAACUUCAACGACGAACUUUUUGCGUUACGACUCGUAUGUAAAGUAUGGAACGAAGUCUUUGUCUCAAUGUCAAUUCCAAAAAUACGUUUAUAUGUUCAACCAAAAUGGGAAGAUGACGGUAUAUGUGACGCCACCCCCUUUCUCGCUCUAUGUAUCAAUAUGACCCCAAAAUUGGCCAGAUCAUUGGUCUUAAACCAAGCAGAGUUUUUCAAACGGGAACAAACAAUGGCCUUCACGUCAACAAUGAUUCACGUCUUUGACAAAUUUACUGAUUAUGUGCAACAUCUAGAAGUAACGAUAGAGCCCUCACUUAUCCCACUGCUGCAUCAGAUGAUGUCCAAUUUCUGCCCAAAUUUGAAGACAAUGAUAUUUGAGCCGAUAAAUAAAAGCAAAGCUGGAGGCACUUCCCUUGAAGAAGUUAUCUUGCCAGCGCUCCCUCUGACUACAAACCUUACCAAAUUCUCCAUUAACGCUGAGUGUGGUUUCAUUCCUACCCAAUUUCAAGCCUUCGCCCAGCUCGUCAUCAAUUCAGCCCCAAACUUGACAACGUUUGAAACUGUGCCCCAUUUCUACCCAGAUUUUAGCACGGUUAAAAAUCUGAAAAUUCUAAGCAUAAACACAAGUUUAAAACAACUUGUGCAUAACGUGUCUGCCUCUGAUUUCAAAGAACUGACAAGAAUGUUGGACCAAGUUUCGGGAACUUUGGAAAAUUUCCUGAUAGAUGGCAAGUACACAUCCUCAUGGAAGACACCUGAGACCGUUCCGACUGCGAAAUUUCUCCCAGCCGCAGGCCUUGCUUCUGCCAACUUCAAAAUGCCUCCAAUGCCAAAACUAACCACCUUAUGGAAUGACUUCACUGAGAUUUUGAGGUUUGGAAACGCACUUGAAGACAUCAGACCUGACAAAAUGCCCAACUUGACGGAGUUAUCGCUGAGCAAGGAACGAACCAAGAGUAGAAGUGUGGGCCAUAUCAUAAGAGCCAUAACGGCGAACCCUUCAUGUGUGUCUUUCCCUGGUAUUAAAAAGCUUUCAAUUUCAAACAUUCAUCACACACAGCCUCUUAGUGGACUAAGGACGGCAUUCCCUGCUCUGGAAACGCUAACGAUUUCCCGACAAUUAGAAUCUAAUCCGAUGUGUAUGCUACGCACUAUUAGAGCCUGUGUCCCUCUCCAAUUGACACAUCUUCACUUACAGUAUUUAAGCUGUCCAAAGGCUGUGAAGACGCUUUGGAAAUGUUUCUCCUCCAAUUUGAUCAUGUUUAAAACCCUUAAAACUUUGGAGAUCUUGUGUGGCUACUACGAAACCGAUAAUAGCAUGGAAGACGGCUUGAAUCAAAAAGACUUAAUCAUGGUGAAAGAGGUGCUGACAGAGAUGGCUGGAAUGAUAAGUGUAAAAAUACAAAAUGUCAAGUUCCAGGGGAAGAAUGGACAAGAAAUUAUCACGUUUAUUUUGAAAAAUGAGAUUCCACUAAGGUUUAUCUGAAUUUGGCUUCGAAUUUUACAUUUGAAAGGGAAUGAGUACCAUUUGCACAUACAUAUGUAUUAAUUCUAAUAAAUCUAUUCCUUAGUAUAGUUUAUGAACUAUUCCAAACUUGAAUAAAAUUUGCCCGGUAUUUUUCUAGAGAUAACACUAAACUUAUACAUACAUAUUAAUUACGUUAUUUUUCUAGAGAUAACACUAAACUUAUACAUACAUAUUAAUUACGUUAUUUUUAGAAAUUGUGAAUAUUUUAUUAAUAAAGCCUGUAUCGCAUAAAAGCAUUAUUAAAUUUAA